GCCGCCCGCGUGAGAUCCAAGGGUCAUACGACACGCCGGCACCGCCGCCUCGUGCCGUCCGUCCGUCCGUCCCCUCCGCCGCUGUCCCUCUCCGUCCCUACCUAGGAGAGGAGGACGAGGACCUAUGUAGCGGCGCCUGUGAGACUCUUGUGUCCAGAGAGGCCGUCUGUGCGCUUGCUGUCCCGGUGUUCCUCGCCUUGUCCGUCCCCUCCUCCGGCCAAAUGGCGGCGCUCCGCUCGCCGCUGCCCCUCCUCUUGCAACGCCCUGCCGCAGCCGCGCCGCCGCUCCGACGCCGACCUUUGCUGCUCGCUUCUUCCGCGCGGCCCCGCCACGCGCCCCGCUUCGUGCCCCGGUGCUCCGCCGGCGCCGCCCCUCCGCCCCCCUCCACGGUCAGUCCCUCGCUAGAGAGCUCACCUCGCGGAAAGUGCUCGCCUUUGCUUGAGAGUGCUCUAUUGCCUGGUGGAAGUGAAUUGGCUGUGCAUGAAUGGAAGGCGGUUCCAGAUAUCUGGAGGACAGCAGCAGAAAAGUACUCUGACCGCGUAGCCUUGGUUGAUCCUUAUCACGACCCUCCUUCCGAAUUGACUUAUAAGCAGCUUGAACAGCAAAUAUUGGAUUUUUCUCAUGGUCUGAGGGCCGUUGGUGUUGCUCCUGAUGAAAAGGUGGCUCUUUUUGCUGACAACUCAUGUCGAUGGCUUGUUGCUGAUCAAGGAAUCAUGGCUACUGGUGCUAUCAAUGUUGUUAGAGGAACAAGGUCUUCAGAUGAAGAACUGUUCCAAAUAUACAAUCACUCAGAAAGUAUUGCACUUGUUGUGGACAGUCCUCAAUUCUUUAACCGGCUUGCAGAAUCUUUCAUUUCAAGGAUUAAUGCAAGAUUUAUUGUGCUACUUUGGGGUGAUAAGUCAUCCCUAAAUAGUAAAGCUGUGAAGGACAUGCCAGUUUAUGACUACAAUGAUAUCACUGAACUUGGAAAAGAAAACCGUAAUGCAUUGCAUCACUCUCCCGAGCAAGGUCAUGAUGGUGCCUUUGAAGCCAUUACUCCAGAAGAUGUUGCGACUCUAAUAUAUACUAGUGGAACAGGUGGUACACCAAAAGGCGUGAUGCUUACCCACCGAAAUCUCCUGCAUCAGAUAAAUAACUUGUGGGACGUUGUUCCAGCAGUACCUGGUGACAGGUUUCUAAGCAUGCUUCCACCGUGGCAUGCGUAUGAGCGUUCUACCGAGUACUUCAUUUUUACUCAUGGAAUUCAACAAGUUUACACUACUGUGAAAUACCUGAAGGCAGAUUUGCAGCAGUACCAACCUCAUUAUAUUAUCUCAGUACCGCUGGUCUAUGAAACUCUGUACAGUUCAAUUCAAAGGCAAAUAUCUUCCAGUUCCACUUUUCGAAAGACUGUUGCCCUUGCACUAAUCAAGAUAAGUUUGCUAUAUAUGGAGGCAAAGAAGAUAUAUGAGGGAACAGUCUUAUCAAAUAAUCCUGUUGAACCAUCAUUUAUUACCUACAUGGUCAAUUGUCUACGGGCAAGAAUUGUUGCGGCUAUUUUGUGGCCUUUGCAUAAUCUCGCAAAGAUGUUAGUCUACAAGAAAAUCCAUUCUUCAGUCGGAAUUUCAAAGGCUGGUAUUAGUGGUGGUGGAAGUCUCCCGAUGCAUGUCGACAAGUUUUUUGAGGCAAUUGGUAUCAAAGUGCAAAAUGGUUACGGUCUAACAGAGACUUCCCCUGUUGUAGCUGCUAGACGACCAUUGUGUAAUGUUCUUGGCACAGUUGGUCUCCCAAUAAAGCAUACAGAAAUCAAGAUUGUGGACAUAGAGACUGGUGAGGUGCUCCCAGAUGGUUCAAAGGGGAUUGUGAAGAUUAAAGGACUACCAGUAAUGAAGGGAUAUUAUAAGAAUCCAUCUGCUACAAAUAAAGCUGUGGAUCAAGAUGGUUGGUUCAACACUGGAGAUAUAGGUUGGAUUGCACCUCGCUGUGCCACAGGGCCUAGUCGAAAUUGUGGAGGGAUGCUUGUUCUUGAAGGGCGUGCUAAGGAUACGAUAGUUCUCACUACAGGUGAAAACGUUGAACCUGCUGAGCUCGAGGAAGCAGCAAGCAGGAGUAACUUGAUUGAUCAGAUAAUGGUCAUUGGGCAGGACCGACGACGCCUUGGUGCUAUUAUUGUUCCCAAUAAUGAUGAAGUUCUAGCUGCAGCAAAAAGAAAGUCGGGCCUUGAUGGGAGUACCGGAGUAGCCAAAGAUAUGGUCAAGAACUUGGUAUAUGAUGAGCUGAGAACUUGCAUGGCGGGUUGCUCGUUCCAGAUCGGCCCUAUCCUUGUUGUCGAGGAACCAUUCACGAUCGACAAUGGUUUGAUGACACCUACCAUGAAAAUAAGAAGGGACAAAGUGGUAGCCAAAUACCAGGGAGAGAUUGACGCCUUGUACAAGUGAAGAGGACGGUGGAGUGUGCUUGAGUACAUACUGUGGCUUGUAAUAUUUCAUUUUACUUCCAGUGAGUGGUUGCCCCUUGCAGCUAGGUUUUUUU